AUGCUGCCUACGGGUCAGCGCCAUCAUGCUACUGUUGUUGUGCAUGCUAAUCAGACGGUAGUGAGAAAUGUGGGUGAUGGUGAAACUCUGGUGAACGGCAAAUGCGUGAGCAUUGCUGCUUUGCGUCACGGCGACGUGAUCACGCUCGGCGACCGCUCGCUGCGCUGGGAAUACUCCAAUCCUGAUGUCAAACGACAUCAAUACAAUGAGCCUGUGGUGUUCCUGAGCCGCAUGCCCCGGCGCGUGGACUCGCGGCGCGGGCGGCGCGCCACGGCGGCGGGCGGCUCGCGCGACCAAGCGCUGCAGUUACACCACCGCGGCUCCUUGCCUGCUAGCACAGGUGGCAAACAAGUGGCGAUCGUGCAACCACAAAGAAGAGACAAUAAUGAGCAAAUUGAUAAGACCCCGCGACCACAGCCGCAGUCGAACAAGCGACCACGCUCUAAUGCAGACACCUCAGUAGAAGAGGAUAAAACCAAACGCAAGUCUACAUCACGCGUGAGCCCCAAGAAUCUGUCUAUGCAAACGACGAAGGCGUCUCUGGAUCGAGUCUAGAAAGACGAGUCCGCGGAAAAACGUAAAGGCUCGUAGUCCAAGUCCCCGUAAGUCUACCAAGGCUUAUUCUCCUCCGACUCGACCAAAUAUUGGUGUUAGAAGAGUGGUAUCUGCUAAGAAGAGUACACCAUUGCGUAUGACUGUAUUGAAGAAGGCACAGAGUGCGCACAAACUCAGAGUCAUGAAGAUCGAGGCGCCCGUUAAGAUUGACCACACAAAACAGGCGGCGAUUAUGCUGAUGACUGGGCACACGCCCAAGCAAAAAAUAUUAACGUCUAAACCGAAAACGCCUUCUUAUGUGGUAAAGAAACCGAGUCCUGUACGAAAGACGCCUCGCGGCCGGCCCGCCAAGCGGUCUAAAGAAAACGUUACAC